AUGCCCCCUUAUAGAAGUAAAGUUCGGGUUCUGGACCGUUACCAGAUAAUCGGGUUUAUCUCUAGCGGUACAUAUGGUAGGGUCUACAAGGCAAGGAGUAAGCUUCCGGGAAAUACAAAGGAGUUCGCCAUCAAAAAGUUCAAGCCGGACAAAGAAGGCGAAAUUAUACAGUACACGGGAAUAUCUCAAUCUGCUUGUAGGGAAAUGGCUCUAUGUAGUGAAUUGGGUCACGAGAACAUAAUCCACCUACACGAGAUCAUACUGGAAGACAAGUGCAUUUACAUGGUCUUUGAGUACGCCGAACAUGACCUUUUGCAAAUAGUUCACUUCCAUUCGCACCCAGAACGUCGCCUAAUACCGGAGGCGACUGUAAAAUCUAUUCUGUGGCAACUACUUAAUGGCGUCUCCUAUCUUCACCAGAACUGGGUUUUGCAUCGAGAUCUUAAACCAGCUAAUAUAAUGGUGACCGCGGCGGGUGAGGUUAAGAUAGGUGAUUUGGGUCUGGCGAGACUAUUCUGGAAACCAUUACAGAGUCUGUACACCGGAGAUAAGGUGGUUGUAACCAUAUGGUACAGAGCUCCUGAGCUAUUGCUUGGUAGUAAACACUAUACUGCAGCAAUAGAUCUUUGGGCUGUAGGAUGUAUUUUCGCUGAGCUAUUGGCUCUCAGACCAAUAUUCAAGGGCGAGGAAGCCAAGAUGGAGAAGAAAAGUACUGUGCCGUUUCAAAGAAACCAGAUGCAGAAGAUUAUUGAGAUACUUGGAAUGCCUACCAAGGAGAGAUGGCCUGGUGUAGUCCAACAACCUGAGUUUGGUCAAUUAAAUAGUUUCAAGGCAUCGCCGAAUGUCCUUGAAGGGUGGUACCACAAUAUCGGCGCUACAAACGCAUUAGGAUUCCAACUUCUGUCAGGGCUGUUGAAUUAUGACCCGACGCAACGACUGACUGCGCAAGCAGCGCUGGAGCACCCAUACUUUACUGAAGUGCAUUUGAGAGCCAGUCAAUUGAGUAUCCUCACCGCAGAGUAA